AUGUAUAUAAAAGACCAUUUCAACCCAGAGUUAGCCUUCAGAGAUGAAGAAGGUAGAGUAGUCGCGGCCAAACUCAAAGUCUACAGUCACAUAAUAUUGGAAAUGAAGAAUCAUUCUGUUAUUACAGAGUUCAUCCUUGUAGGACUUUCCAGUUCACCUGAACAUCAGAUUAUUCUCUUCUGGUUAUUCUCUCUCAUUUAUGCUGUGGCUAUAAUCAGUAACAUCCUCACCAUCCUCGCAAUCGGCACUUGCAGCAAACUCCACACACCAAUGUACUUCUUGCUCAUCAAUUUAUCUAUAAUAAACAUUUGCUCAAUUUCUGUUACAGUUCCCAAAAUGUUACAAACCAUUUUAGCUGAAAGAAAAAGCAUUACCUUUCCUGGUUGCAGUGCACAGGUGUAUGUUUUCACCUUAAUGCUAGGUACUGAACUUAUGCUCCUGGCAUUCAUGGCUUUUGACCGCUAUGCUGCUAUUUGCCACCCUUUCCAGUACAUGGUCAUUAUGAGGAAGGAGUUUUGCCUUGGAACUGUAGCAGGUCUGUGGCUCAUAGGCAUGGCUAAUUCUGCAAUUCAGACAGGACUUGUGGCACGGCUUUCCUUCUGUGACUCCAACAUCAUCAACCAUUUUUUCUGUGAGCUUUCACCCAUGUUCAACAUCUCCUGUUCAGACACAAGUUCGAAUGAAACAAUGGUUUUCACUGCUUCUGUGAUCAUUUUAAUAGGUAGCUGUGCUCUGACACUAACUUCGUAUUGCUUUAUUGUGAGAGAUAUUAUAAAAAUUCGUUCCACAGAAAGUAAGAGAAAAGCUUUUUCUACAUGCUCUUCCCAUCUCUUGGUAGUCAGCUUAUAUUAUUCGACAAUAAUCUAUACUUUCCUCUGGCCUGCUUCAUCUUACUCCCUGGAAGAAGACAAAGUUAUUGCUAUUAUUUAUUCGGUGCUGACUCCAGUCCUCAACCCAUUCAUUUACUCUUUGAGGAACACUGAUGUUAAAGAGGUACUCAUAAAGCUGAUAGUCAAAAGGGUCUCCCAGAAAGAUUAG